CGGGACAGGAGACGGGGACAGAGCCCCAGGUUGCCCAGGGAGAAGGGGCCGGGAUGGGCCCCCCAAGCCGCCGCGGGCACCGGCCCCCAGCUCUGACUCAGCCCCUCUCGGCCCGGCCAGAGCAAACACGGGCAGCGCCGGGAGCGGCCCCGCCCGCGCGUGUGUCCCCCCGCCCUGCAAAGUGCAAAGGUGCGGGGUUGUGCACGGCGGGGGGCGAGAGGGUCUGGUUGUGCAAAGGUGUGUUUGUGCAAGGGCUCGUGCAACGCGCCGGCGCCUGGAAACGGGCGCUUGUGCAAAAGUGCGCGGUUGUGCGAGGGGCGCGGUUGUGCAAAGGAGCGUGUUCCUGCACGGGGGCACGCUCGUGCAAAGCUGCGUGCUCGUGCAAGGUGCGCGCUUGUGCGCGGCGCAUCCCCGUGCGGGGUUCCCGCUCCCGAGCGCUGCGGCGGGGUGACCCCCCCCCAACCCAGGACGCGCCGGGUCCCCCCCCAGAGCCGCCGCUGUGACCCCGCGGACGUGCCCCCCCCAGCCCGCGGGGCCGAGGCUCCGCAGAUAACGCUGGAAUUUCCCCCCCCCGCGAUGCUCCGGUCCCGCCCUGGAUCAGCCCCGGGGCGAUAAGCGCUGGGGGGGAGCCCGGGAGACACAGAACCCCCAGCGGGGUGUCCCAGGUCUGGGGGGCUGCCCCGGGGGGGUAUGCCUGGGUCCCCCCUCCCACCUGGGGGAGCCCGGGCAGGAUCCUGGAGCGGUUGGGAGGGACGACCCCCCGGGCCGCGCCGGGACUGUCCCCACGUCCCCGAGGGGAGACCCACACCGACCCCCACCCGGGGCCUCUGAGGUCUCCCCUACUUGUGACGCCCAGGGACACGGGGGUCCUGCCACCCCCAGGGUGGGGGGAUGUGGGGCUGGCGUGCAAAGGUGGGGAGAGCUGGAGCUGGGGGGGGUCCCCAAAACGUGCGGAACCCCCCAAAACAUGUGGGACCCCCAAAAACAUGUGGCGCUGAGCCUCGUCCCUCUGCCCCAGGGCCCCCCAGGUUAUGGGGCAGCCCCCCACCCUGCACCCCCCAAGAACAAAGCGUUGGGCCGGCUCCAGCCCCACCUUCCCGCGCGGGGCCGGAGCGGGGCCGUGGGGAGGGGCCGUGGGGCCGCCCCCUCCUCGCCCUGCUAUAAAUCACGCCCGUCCCUCCGUCCGUCCAUCCGUCCGGCUCCGUCCGUCCGUCCGGCUCCGUGGUCCCGCUCCGCUGCCCCGCACCAUGAGCUACUCCCGCAGCACCGUGUACUCCAGCACCCACCGCUCCGGCCCCCCCGGCUCCAGCAGCGCCCGCCGCUUCGCGCCCCUGGGCAGCGCGGCCAGCGUGUAUGCUGGGGCGGGGGGCUCGGGCUCCCGCAUCUCCGUCACCCGCACCAGCACCCUGAGCAGCUCGGGGGGCGGCUAUGGGGGCGGCUAUGGGGGCGGCUAUGGGGCCGGCCUGGGGGGCAGCGUGUUGCUGUCGGGCUCCGGUGUGGUGGCCAACGAGAAGGAGGCGAUGCAGGAGCUCAAUGACCGCUUGGCCACCUACUUGGAGAAGGUGCGGAGCCUGGAGCAGGAGAACCGGCGCCUGGAGGUGCAGAUCCGCGAGGUCAUGGCCAAGAGAGGCCCCAGCACCCGGGACUGGAGCCACUACUGGGACGUCAUCGAGGAGCUGCGGGACAAGAUUUUCGGGGCCACGGUGGACAACGCCCGCACGGUGCUGCAGAUCGACAACGCGCGGCUGGCGGCCGACGACUUCAGGGUCAAGUACGAGGCCGAGCUGGCCAUCCGCCUGUCGGUGGAGAACGACAUCGUGGGGCUGCGCAAGGUCAUUGACGACACCAACAUGGCGCGGCUGCAGCUGGAGGGCGAGAUCGAGGCGCUCAAGGAGGAGCUCAUCUUCAUGAAGAAGAACCACGAGGAGGAGGUGAAGAGCCUGCAGGCGCAGGUGGCGGACUCGGCGCUGACGGUGGAGGUGGACGCGCCCAAGUCGCAGGACCUGGGCAAGAUCAUGGCCGAGAUCCGCGCGCAGUACGACGCGCUGGCCCAGAAGAACCUGGAGGACCUGGAGAAGCAGUGGGGGCGGCAGAUCACCGAGAGCACCAUCGAGAUCACGCGGAGCAGCAAGGACGUGGACACGGCGCGCAGCACCGCGCUGGACCUGCGCCGCACCGUGCAGACGCUGGAGAUCGACCUGGACUCCCUGCGCAACCAGAAGGCCGGGCUGGAGGCCGCGCUGCUGGAGGCCGAGAGCCGCUACGGCGCGCAGCUGGAGCAGCUGCAGGCGCUGGUGCUGCGCGCCGAGGCCGAGCUGGCGCAGCUGCGCGCCGAGCUGCAGCGCCAGGCCGACGAGCACCAGGCGCUGCUCAGCGUCAGGGACAAGCUGCAGGCCGAGAUCGCGACCUACCGGCAGCUGCUGGAGGGCGGGGAGGAGUUCAGCCUGCAGGACGCCCUGGAGAAGGAGACCACCAGCAGCACCACCCAGCGCAGCACCCAGCGGCUGUCGGACGGGAAGGUGGUGACCGAGACCAAGGAGGUGAAGGUGCGGACGUACUGAGCCGCCCGGGGGACCCCCGGCACACCGGGGACCCCCAGCACCCCAGGGACACCCGGCACCCCAGGGACACCUGGAACGCUGGGGACACCUGGAACACCGGAGACCCCUGGCACCCUGGGGAGACCUGCAAAGCCGGGGGGGGCCCCGGGCUCCCCCCACCAAUAAAAUGGCAAUUUCACCCCUUGGG